AUGGAUAGAAAUCUUCCUGGAAAUAAUAGAUUUCGAUUAAAUGCAGAUGCUACAUCAAAUCAUGAUGGAAAACUCCAUAUAUUUAUUAAAUUAACUAGUUCAUGUAUGGAAGCAAUUGAGACAUAUAUUCAACAAAAUAAAAAACAAAAUUUAUCCAAUAUUAAAUUUAAUCGUAGUGGAGGAGAAAUUUCAAUACCAAUAAAUAAUAAUGAAGAAAAAAUCUAUUCAUUUCAAAUAUUACCAGAAGAUGAAACAUCCGAAAUAUUUCAAUGUAUCAAACAAGUUAAUCGAGAUCAACUUGAGAGUUGUGGUCUUAUUGAACAACGAAUUGUAACAAAUCAAGAAAAACGUCUUAGUCCAACAACAAAUACUCAAUCAUCACCUUCAGAUAGACCAUUAAGAGAACGACUUAUUCAUUUAUUAGCUGCAAGUACGUAUAAAAAACCAGAUCUUCUUUGUCGAUUAAAAAGUGAAGGUGGAAUGCGUGAUGAUGAAAAAGAACAAUUUGAUUCAUUAUUAUCAUCAAUAUCAAGACAAUCAAAUAGUGGAGACUUUUUUCUUUUAAAAAGUAUUUUAACAAGUGGAGAAGUUAAUUAUGAUUGGCCUUUUUAUACAAAAAGAGAAGCACAAAUUGUUAGAAAAAGAAUAAAAGAACAUCAAGUUAAUGCAACUAAUGACAUUCCAUCUAUAUCAUCAACUGCAAAUCGAUUAUCUUUACCAAUACAAAAUUCAAGUUCAAAAGAUCAGAUAGGGUCGAAUGAUCCAGAUGCUGACAUUUGGAUUGAAAGACCAUUUAGUACUUGUACAUCACAUGUAUUUAAUAGUAAACAUAUAGUUUUAAUAGGUGUUGGUAUAGGAGUAACACCUUCUAUAAGUGCUUUGGAUAGUUUAACUCAACGUGUACAAAAUCACCGAUGUGUACUUUUUUGGAUUGAUCGUGAAAUUGAAAGUUUCUCAAGUUAUCGUGAUAUUCUUGAAGAAAUCGGAAAUGCACAGGAAAAUUAUUUAAAUAUUAUGACUGCUACAAGAAAUAAUUCUACAGAACCAACAUCAAGAUAUCUAGAUAUGCAUCUAUAUCGUACAUUAUUACAACCGAAUAAAAAAGCAACAUUAGAAGCUCUUCCCUAUGAUCUUGUUGCUAAUAUCUAUGCAGAUAUGCAACAGUAUGAUAUACAUACCGGAUUGGAAACGUCAACAAAUGUUGGACGGCCUCCGUGGAAAGUUUUAUUCUCGAAAUUUAAAGCAGAACAUAAAUCAACAAGUGUUUUUCUAGCAGGAAAUACACUUAUGGCUAGUCAAGUAAAAAGAUGUUGUGAUGAUAUAGAAUUUGCUUUUCAUCAUGAACCCGGUUUUUAG